AUGGCACAGAAUCACGAGGACAUGGCCGCCGAGCUCCACGAGGAGUUCAGUGAGCGCGUUCCUGGUCGGGGUACUGACUUGACCGGCGGUUAUAUUGAAAAGCCCUCGUUGGAUCAGAAGCGCGAUCUCGCCAUUUCCGACUCCGAGACUGGCCCUACUGCCGACGGCGAGGAGCCCAACGUCCAUGAGAAGAACACUCUUCGCCGUGUCGGCGAGAACCUUCCCGCUUCCGCUUUCAUGAUUGCCAUUGUUGAGUUGACUGAGCGAUUCACCUACUACGGUGCCCAAGGUUUGUUUCAAAACUAUGUCAGCAACGCCAAAGAUGGUAGCGACGGCCAAAAGGGCUUGGGUAUGGGCCACCAGGCUGCAUUUGGUCUCAACCUGUUUUUCCAGUGGUUUUGCUACGUGACGCCUAUCCUCGGUGCCAUCAUCUCGGAUCAGUACCUCGGCAAGUACAAGACCAUCCUCAUCUUCUGCGGCGUCUACUGGCUUGGCCUCCUCAUCCUCUGGACCACCUCGCUUCCCGUUGCGAUCGAGAAUGGUGCUGGCCUCGGUGGUUAUGUCACUGCAUUGGUGGUCAUUGGCUUGGGCACCGGCGGCAUCAAGUCCAAUAUCGCCCCCUUGAUUGCCGAUCAGUAUCAGCGACGAACCAUGGCCAUCAGGACAGAAGCCAGCGGAGAGCGCGUCAUCAUUGACCCUGCCAUCACCUACCAGAGGAUCUACAUGGUCUUCUAUUGGUGCAUCAACGUCGGCGCCCUCUCACUUAUGGCUACACCUUUCAUGGAGAAGUACGAGGGAUUCUGGACCGCGUUCCUUCUUUGUUUCUGCAUGUUCAAUGUUGGCAUUGCUAUUCUCAUCCUCCGGCGCAAGUCCUACGUCAUCCGCCCUCCUCAGGGCCAAAUUAUCACCGAUGCUUUCAAGGCUAUUGGUAUGAUGAUCACGACUCGCUCCUUGGACGGGGCCAAGCCUUCAUGGCGUGCCGAACACGGCAAGGCUGGCAAGGUCGCGUGGGAUGACCAUUUUGUUGAGGAACUCAAGCGCGCCCUCAAAGCUUGCAAGGUCUUUGUCUUCUACCCAAUUUUCUGGGUUUGCUACGGACAGUUCUCCAGCAACUUCGUCACUCAAGCCAGUCAGAUGCAGGUCCAUGGCAUGCCCAACGACUUCAUGCAAAACUUCGACCCCUUGUCCAUUUUGAUAUUCACCCCAAUCCUGGAGAAGAUUGUUUACCCUGCUUUGCGCAAGCGUGGUAUUGAGUUGCGCCCCAUUGCCCGAAUCACCAUUGGCUUCUGGCUCGCUGGACUUUGCAUGGCCUACGCUGCCAUUGUGCAGAAGCUGAUAUAUAGUGCCGGACCCUGCUAUGAUAGUCCCCGGGCGUGUCCGGCAGGUUUGAGCGCUGAGAAUAAGAAGCUGCCCAACGAUGUCCACGUCGCGAUUCAGACGCCGGCAUAUGUGUUCAUUGGUGUUUCUGAGAUCUUCAUCUCUGUGACUGGCCUCGAGUAUGCCUACACCAAGGCUCCUCCGAGUAUGAAGUCUUUCGUCCAGUCUCUGUAUCUCUUCACCAAUGCUUUCGGUUCCGCAAUUUCUGAAGGAUUUGUUCCCGUGGCCAAGGACCCCAAGUUCAUCUGGAUGUACACCGGAAUAGCUGUCGCAGCUGCCUUGACUGGCUGCAUAUUCUGGGUCCUGUUCCACCAUUACGAUGCUCAGGAAGAGGCCAUGUAUGCUCUUGACCGCGACUUGCCGGUUCUGUCACUUCCUGGCCAGGAACAAGCCGAAAAGCCCAGGGAGAAGGAGACCGAUCCCAAGUAA